UUCACGUGUAACAAUUCUCCUUCGAUCUUGUCAGUUCUGAACUUGAACAGAGAAUGCGAGAAAUCAUCAUUACUUAACAAAUCUACAUCGUAAACGACACGGGUUGUGCAUAGAAUCGCUCGAAUUUCGUGAUUGUUAAAAUUGUUUCAUUGAAAAAAGAAAUUGUUUGUAUUAAAACGUCAGUGGUAAAAACGUGACAAAAAAGAAAUUAUAUAAAUACCUUGACAUAAUUUAGUUUUUUGGUAAAAGUUUAAGGGAAAAAAUCCAAACUUAAAAAUGUCGAAUCAAAAAGUCGACUUCUCGGAAUAUGAAUCGGAAGGUCAAGCUAGUAAAUUGAUCCAAAAAUCGAAGGAUUCACCAUUUGUACCGAUAGGAAUUGCCGGAUUUCUUGGGGUUGCUGCUUUGGGUGCAUACAACUAUAAAAACCGUGGAAAAGUAACAACCAGCGUUUAUUUGAUGCAAUUGCGUGUUGCUGCUCAAGGAACGGUCGUUGGAGCUUUGUGUUUGGGUUUGAUUUACUCGAUGACCAACCGCUACCUUUUGAAAAAGGAUUAGAAUUUGGAUGCAAAUAAUCAGAAUUAAAUCACAUCUUAAAAAGGAUCCAGUUAAAAUAUUCAUAAAUCCAUCAUUUAGAUAAAAUUGCGUUUUAGUUUUAAAUACAGUGUUGUACACAGUUCAGUUCAAUUUACAGGAUCAAGUGACAUUAAAUGCUGUGCAGAAGUCAUGAAUGGCACAUUCAAAUGUAGGGCAAUAACCAUUGUAAAUGUUAAAUAUGCAGUGAUUGAGAAACUACACAAACUAGCUAUGUUGUGUUAUCUAUUUAUUUAUAUGUAAAUGAAGUAAAUAUGAUAGGCAAAAUUCAAACUGUUUGUAUAUUCAUACAUCUAAUUUUAUUGUAAGAUUAUCAUUUUCUUCUACAUUUGUGGAUAUGGAAAUGUGAAGAAAAUGCAAACUAUUUGAAUUUAGUAAAUGUUCUAUUUUUAUCACUCAAGACUAUUAUUGUUAAGAAUGCUAGAACAAUGGAGAUUGUACAAAAGAAAACUACUGUGAAUGCACUCAAAUCGAUAUAGCCAAUCACAAAAAAUAAAGUGGUCAAUAUUAAAGACAUGGUUUCAUUUUA